AUGAAUCACGAUCCAUUCGAAUGGGGGAGGCCCUCUAACGAACAGUACGGCGAAUACAAUACCAAGAUCGCCAAUGCAUCCCCAUACCCAAGUAUGCACACACAACAGCCAAUUGUAACAGGUACGUCUGUUAUCUCCAUGAAGUAUAAUGGCGGUGUGGUAAUUGCAGCAGACAACCUAGGUUCGUAUGGUUCCCUUCUGCGGUUCAACGAUAUCGAGAGACUCAUUUCUGUGGGACGUAACACCGUUGUGGGGAUUUCGGGUGAUAUAUCAGACAUGCAGCAAUUAGAGUACCUGCUGGAAGAAAUGCAGACGGAGAACAACUACGAUAACCAAUACGCGGAUGAAGAAGAGGCCCUGAAGCCCAGCUACGUGUUCGAAUAUCUGGCGAAUGUGAUGUACAGCAGGAGAUCCAAGAUGAAUCCACUAUGGAAUGCAUUGAUCGUGGCCGGUGUUGAGGACGCCAAACCAUUUUUGAAGUACGUCAAUCUUUUAGGAGUGACCUAUUCGGCCCCUUCGCUCGCUACCGGAUUCGGAGCCCACUUAGCAUUGCCGCUGUUGAGAAAAGUUGUCGACGUUGAAAGCGACGUUGAAAAAACAGAUCUGGAGACCGCCAAAAAGUCCAUUAUCGAAGCGAUGAAGGUACUGUUUUACCGUGACGCGCGCUCCUCCAGAAAAUACUCGCUAGCGGUCAUCGAUAAAGAGCAGGGGCUAAUCCUUGACAAGGACGCCAAGGUCGAGGAUAUGGUCUGGGGGUUCGCAAAGGAUAUCAGAGGCUACGGUACUCAGAAGGUUUAG